CUUCACCGACUGCACGCAUGUUUUGGUACCAACUGACGUCGUCAAGCACCGGCCAUAGCUCCUAAAUAAUUGAAGUCAAUUGAACACACCCAAGUAUGUGGAAGGAAUGGCUUGCAAAGGAGAGGAAUAAUAUUCCUCCGAUAAUGUCUAUUAUGUCCAUGUCAUUUUGCAUAUUUAUAUGGAUUAUAUCUGUAUGUGAAAUUAUGUCAGAUUCAAAUUUUUUGGAAUAUCAGGGUCCAAGCUUUUCUCUGGAACCACCAAAUACAAUUGAAUUUAUGAACACAGUUGGAAAUACAGUCAAUUGUAUAGCAUUGGGCAAUCCAGAGCCAAUUCUGCAAUGGUUGGAUAAAGAAAACAAUCCCAUUACUUCAAUAGCUAAGGUUAGACAUAUUUUGGCGAAUAACUCCCUAUAUUUACCACCGUUUGAAGCUGAAGAUUUUCGCCAGGACGUGCAUUGGUCAGUCUAUCGUUGUAGAGCAGCUAACAAUAUAGGCGCCAUUAUUUCUAGAGACAUUGUCAUCAAAGCAGUUGUUCAACAGCGCUAUGAACCAGAAGUUCAAAAUCCAGGAGGAUUUAUUGGAAGUAACGUUUUAAUCAAGUGCAACAUCCCAUCAUUUGUAAAAGAUUAUGUUACGGUAACUUCAUGGUUUCAAGAACCUAAUUUCAAUAUUUUUCCAUCUCUUGAAGGUGAUGGAAAAAAUCAUAUGUUGCCCUCUGGAGAUCUCAUAGUAUACAAUAUAACUAGAAAAGAUGCUGAAAAAAGCUACAGAUGUCGGACCCACCACAAGCUAACGAAAGAUUCAGUUGUAAGCAUUAAUGCUGGUAAAAUUCAAUUAACGGAAAUGCGAGAGUUGGUUCCUCCAAUUAUAAACGAAAAGACUUUACUGGUGCUGGCUAGAUCCGGGGAUCCUCUGGCCAUACCAUGUGUUGCUUAUGCCAACCCAAAGCCUGUUUACAAAUGGCACACAAAACGUACAAACAACAACGAGUCUGUAGAACAUAUGCUGAUUACUGGUCGUGCAAAAAUAAAAGACGGAACCUUUGUAAUAUCAGUUGUAGAAAAUAGUGAUAAUGGAAUAUUUUACUGUACUUCUUCAAAUACGGAGGGAAGUGAGACUCUGGCGGUGCAUCUUUCGGUUACAUCACCACUGUCUGCAAGUAUUCAUCCUUCACGGCAGACAAUUAACCUUGGUCAGAUAGUUGAUUUAAUUUGCACUAUUUCUGGCUAUCCGAAGCAAAGUAUUGUUUGGUUGAAAGAUGGUAAAACCCUUCGCGCUGGAGCACGAGUGCGCCUCAUGUCAAAAGAACAUAUUCGAAUUACGUCGAUUGUUAAGGAAGAUAGGGGAAUGUACCAAUGUGUUGUCAAGAAUGAUUUGGAGUCCAUACAAAGCUCAGCGGAAUUGCGUUUGGGAGAAGUUGCCCCUCAACUACUAUACAAAUUUAUAGAACAAACAAUGCAGCCGGGACCAUCUGUUUCAUUAAAAUGCAGUGCUAGUGGCAAUCCUACACCAAAAAUUAUAUGGUUGCUGGAUGGCUUCCCACUAUCGAACAACGAUCGUCUCUUGAUUGGCCAAUAUGUGACCACAUUCAAUGACGUUAUAAGUCAUGUAAAUAUAUCGGCUGUUAAAUCGGAGGACGGAGGAGUUUAUGAAUGUAAAGCAGUUUCACGGGCUGGUGAAGUCACUCAUGCGGCUCGACUUAAUAUAUAUGGUAUGCCUUACAUUCGCCAUAUGGAAAAAAUGUUUGCGGUAGCUGGAAAAACAUUUGUUUUAAAAUGCCCUAUUUCUGGCUUUCCUAUAGAAAACAUUACUAUUGAAAAAGAUGGCUUAAGUCUUCCCGUAAAUAUUAGACAACGAGUGGAAAAUGGAACACUAACCAUUGAAAACAUGCAGCGAACCACCGAUCAAGGCACAUAUACCUGUAUAGCUCGGAAUAAGCAUAACUAUACUUCUCAACGAUCCGUUGAAGUCAAAGUGUUAGUCCCGCCUAAGAUUACACCGUUCUCCUUUGCACGAGAUUUGACAUACGGGGAUCGCACAAGCAUUCAAUGUGUUGUUGGUAAUGGGGAUUUGCCACUUAUAUUUACCUGGCUGAAGAAUGGAGAGCCGCUAUUGACUGUACCUACAGAGACCAACGGAGACACACGCGGACAAAUAAUUCUUAAUAAAAAUGUCCGAAGCAAUGGUGACGAACUCGGGAAAGUGACGAUUCGGCAGAAUGAUGAUUUCACUAGCGCUCUCAGCAUUUCAAGUGUAACGAGGGCCCAAAGUGGUACAUAUACGUGUCGUGUACAAAAUGAUGCCGCAACUGUAACGCAUUCUGCACUGCUUGAAGUAAAUGUGCCUCCUCGGUGGAUUUUAAAACCAACUGAUCAAGAUGCAAUUCUAGGAAAUUUAGUCAUUAUAACAUGUAAAGCUGACGGAUUUCCAGUGCCUGUCAUUCAAUGGAAGCAGUCAAUUGGCAACUCUGAUUACCGGGAGAUAAGCCGCAAUAGAAACUUGCAUUCAAGCUUCGAAAUUCACAAUAACGGCUCAUUAAUAAUACCUAAAGUCGAUAGAGAACAUGAGGGUAGCUAUUUAUGUCAGGCCAGUAAUGGCAUUGGUGCUGGAUUAAGUACUCUUAUAAAAUUAACCGUUCAUGUUGGUCCAUCUGUAACGGUUGCAAAAAAACAGAUAACGGUACGAAGAGGAGAGCGUAUUGCUUUGCGCUGUGAUGCAAAUGGCGACGAGCCGCUAAAUAUGUCAUGGCGUGCAAAGGCAUAUAAAAUUGAUCCCUCUUAUGAUACACGUUACCAUAUUAAGCACUCACCAUUGACCCGUGGAUUGUCGUCGGAGUUAACGAUAUUGCAGACAAUUUUAGCAGAUCGAGGUGAAUAUUCGUGUAUAGCUGGCAAUGCGUAUGGUCAGGAUAGGGCAGUUAUACACCUCCAUGUGCAAGAGCCGCCGAAUUUUCCAAUUAAUUUGCGCAUAACGGAUCUAAGCAGUCGUUCAGUUACUUUGGCCUGGUCUUCAAAUGACCAAGAUUCCGGUUUACUGGUUAGCGGUGGAGGAAAUAAUUUAGAUUCACAGCCAAUAUCUAAUUAUAUUUUACAAUACAAAAAAGCUAGAGAUGUAUGGCAUGAGCAUACGAAUCAAAAGCUUUUGCCUGGUCAUAAAACGACAGCUGAGUUGACUUCUUUGCGACCAGCAGAAGCCUAUCAUUUUCGCUUAUUUGCCGAAAACCAUUUGGGGACAAGUGCUCCGAGCGAUAUUUUGUUGGUACAGACAGAGGAAGAAGCACCCAGCAAAGCACCAGAAGAAGUUUGUGUGACUCCAGGCAUACAAGAGCUUCUGAUAACUUGGCAUUCCCCUGAGCGCGAAUCAUGGAAUGGAGACCUUCUCGGUUACACAAUUGCAUAUAAAAACAACGCAGCUCCUGGAAGUCUUCGAAAUUAUACAAAAGUCAGCACUCUCACCAAAGAAGGACUGAAUGAGUUUCGUUUAACUGGUCUGGAGAAAUAUACGGAGUAUGCAAUUACCGUAUCUGCUUUCAACAUAAAAGGUGAUAGCCCACCGAGUGAAGUGGUAUUGGGUCAUACGUUAGAGGAUGUACCAUCUGCUCCCCCACAAAGAGUAUCCUGCAUAGCACUAACUGCACAUAAUAUUCAAAUAUCUUGGCACUCGCCACCAAAAGAAGCAAGUAAUGGCAUAAUUCAAGGCUAUAAGUUGCUGUACGAGCCAGGAUAUAUAGAUAAUGAUUAUGGCGCUACAGAAACUAAAAUUACAUCAGCACUUAGCACAGUUCUUCACGGGCUUCAUCCUUUUACGAACUAUAGUGUGCAAGUGCUUGCCUUUACGCAUGCUGGCGAAGGUGUUGUAAGUCCUGUAGUGUCGUGUAUGACGGAGGAAGCAGUGCCAGACGCGCCCGAGCGAAUAAAGUCUGUUGUUAGCUCUAAUCACUCAGUAAUUGUUAGCUGGCUGCCGCCUAGACGACCCAACGGUAUAAUUACAAAGUAUAAUGUUUAUAUAAGAAUCCUUGACAAGGGACUGGAAUUGAAAAUCAUCAAAGAAGUUUUACCGUCACACAAUCAGCAUUUUGAAGCUAGAGACCUUAAUUUGCGUGAAACGUAUGAAGCUUGGGUAACAGCAUCCACACGAGUUGGUCAAGGACCAAGUACACCUGUUAUAAAGCUAGUACCCAGCACAUCAGUGCCAGCGGCAAUCAUAUCAUUUAGCCAGACAUUAAGUGCUAGUUGGCGAGCGGAUAUAAAGCUAACGUGCGUUUUUGUUGGUAAUCCGAAGGCUAAACCGGAGUGGAAGGUACUAAACACUCGAGAAAAAAAACAAGUUUAUUAUGAGAUAAGCAGCGAUAACACGUUGAGUCUACGCAACGUUCAACGUUCCAACGAAGGAAAUUAUUCUUGCAUGGUUAGAAAUACAUUUGGAUCCGAUCAAAUUGUUUAUCAGCUGUACGUUCAAGUUCCACCUUCAUCUCCUAUAGCUUCAGUUACAAGUACUUCGACCAAUUCCGUGUCUAUUCAAUGGAGGGUUGAGGAUAUGGGCGGUUCACCUUUAAAAGGAUUUACACUAAAUUACAGACACGAAAGCAGCGUAUGGAAGGAGAUUCAAAUAGAUAGACGCGUAAAUUCUUUUGUUUUAGAAAACCUGAGGUGUGGCACUCAAUACCAACUAACAAUCAACACAUUUAAUAAGAUAGGCACAAGUGAAACUAGUUCAAUCGUUACAACAAAAACAAAAGGAAAUAUUCCUGUUGCACCGUAUAACAAUAGUUUUAUCCGCCCCAAUGUAACAUCAGCUUUAUUGGAGCUAUCUUCUUGGCAGGAUGGUGGAUGUCCGAUCACACAUUUUAGUAUCGAAUUCAAGCUGUAUGGAUCUACAGACGAUUGGAUAAUAGUUUCAAAUAGAAUUGAAUUAAACACUCGUUAUAAUAUUGGAGACCUCGAACCGCAUACAGCAUAUAAUUUGCGAAUUACGGCCCAUAACAACGCAGGAUCAGCAUCUAAACAGUUUUUCCUCGAAACCUUAAAUUUGAUGGGGUUACCUGGAGGCCUAGAUAGAAAUGAUACACCAAAAUCUGAAUCUGUUUUAAAAGACGCACACCUUAUCGCUUUAAUAGUAACGUCAAUUUUUGGAACAAUUCUAGCCCUUAUUGGUGCUUUAAUUUGCUUCAAGAAUUAUCCACGAAAUAUAUUCUCACGAAGCACUGAUCCAUCAAUAACCCUCUAUGGUGCAGAAGGAAAGGAUAUUCAACAUAGUGAGCAUUUCUAUGGUACUGUACACAAAUCUUGCCAGCAAUAUCCACUGGAAUCGGUUGCUGAACGUGAUCGUAUACCAGAAUUUUCCGAAGAUAUUUAUCCUUAUGCUACGUUUAAUUUGCCAGAUCAUCAAAGCCAAUCUGGAAACAUUUCCCUAAGCCGUAAAGGGAACCAAUCAAAAUUUGACCCACACUGUGGAGGAGAUGGCAGUCUGUGCAGCUCGAGUGGUGGCAUUUGCUCAAAUCCUCAUCCUAGAAAUGUUGGAAGUGUAGCAUCUAGUGAGUUAAAUAAAAGGAGCUCUGAAGAAAGACACCAACGUCCCCCAAAAGUCUUAAAAUCAGAGUCAGAAGAGUAUGAUAGUUUGAACAGUGAAAGCGAUCUCAGUGGAGAGUGCCGGGAAGGAGGUAGAAGUGGAUGCAAGCCCAGCGUGAUUAAUGAAGAAACGUUAUCAGCAAGUCCUCUUGAGCGCAACGCCGGCAGUGCAUGGGACAUCGGUUUUCAGAAGAUUAUUUCCUCGUUUGUUUGCGGUCUUUGUGGCUUGGUUUUUGUGCGCGGUUCUACCGACUUAAAGCCGAACAUUUUGGCACCCCCGGGUGGACUACUGGAGUCUACUCCCUCGUUGGAUCUAACAUCGACUCGGCUUUCGACUUGCGAUUGCCGUCGUCGUACUGAUCCUAUUGGUGUCUUCGAUCUGCGCGAGAUUACUGGCGGUGUUCUCCUGGACAAUUGGACGUUUGGCUACACUCCCAACCGAGGAAUUGCCACAAUUUUCAGGGAAGUUCACAUCAGGUAA